GGUCGCAGCAUUAGGAUGGUUGAGAACCGCUGGCCUACACGGAGGAAUGAAUACCAGGUAAGAAUGAAUCAGCCUCCUACCACGCUUAUCUCCCUAAAGAACUACACUUCCCUGUAUGCUUAGCGCGACGCUCGCCUAUGAAGUAAAAAGCACGACAAUUGCUUCCCACUGCCCGCCUUCACGCAGAGUUUUGUGGGAAGGUAGGUAGUUCUCGCGCUAGUUGUUGGUCCCCGGGUAACCCGAGCCCAAACUAAACUUCCCAGCAAGCAGCUCACCGGCCUGGGAAGAGGGGCAAGAUGGCGGAUGCGGAAGAAGGUGUCUUGCGGCCGGCGGGAGCCUCCACUGCCCCGAUUUCGUUCAGCUUUAGUCGCACGUCCGCCAGGAGACGGCUGGCGGGCCCAGGAGCCGGCGCGGGUGCGGCUCCAGAGGAGAAGGAUUUCUUGAAGACCGUGGAAGGGAGGGAGUUGCAGAGUGUAAAGCCCUCAGAAGCCCUCAAGGAACUCGUCAUCCCUUUGAUCCAGAGUGGCCAUCGCAGGCAGCCACCAACCCAGGCCCCUGGGCCAUCCACAGAUAUUGAGGCUGCAGCAGAUGGGGUGCUGUCCCAGGCUGUGAAGGAGCUUAUUGAGGAAUCCAAGAAGUCUCUGGAGGAGAGAGAGAAUGACGGUGUCGACCCCACGCUCGCUAUCCCCAUGAUCCAGAAAGGAUGCACCCCCAACGAGGAAGGCCCAGACAGCAAACCCCUUGCUGAGACAGUGCCAGAGGAGGCCAAUUAUGAGGCAGUCCCGGUGGAGGCCUACGGGCUGGCCAUGCUGCGGGGCAUGGGCUGGAAACCCGGCCAGGGCAUUGGCCGCACCUUCAAUCAAGUGGUGAAGCCCCGUGUCAAUUCACUGAGGCCCAAGGGGUUAGGGCUGGGCGCCAACCUGACUGAGGUCCAGGCCCUGGCCCCCACUGGUCCCCACCGCCAGCCAAGGCCAGAUGAGGAGCAAGAGAAGGAUAAGGAAGACCAGCCUAAAGGACUGGUGCCUGGAGGAGCUGUGGUGGUUCUUUCUGGCCCUCACCGAGGCCACUAUGGGAAGGUGGAAGGCCUCGAUCCUGACAAUGUUCGGGCCAUGGUUCGUCUGGCCGUGGGGAGCCGCAUGGUGACUGUUAGUGAGUACUGCCUGCGGCCUGUCUCCCAGCAGGAGUUUGACAAGAACUCCUUGCAUCUCGGCCAAGUGAGCAAAACGUCCCCAAGGCAACAGAACGGAACAGCCUCGUCAGGGAAGGCCCUCCGGGAUCAGGACCGCCCCACCUUGCAGAAGGACUCAGAGAGGAAACGGAAACACCUUCCAGACCGACGGAACGAGCCAAUAGCCAAGAGUGAGAAAGCAGCCCCCAGGCGUCAGCACUGGUUGCACAGGGACCUGCAUGUGCGGUUUGUGGAUAAGCUGCACAAGGGCGGCCAUUAUUACAACACCAAGAUGACAAUCGAAGAUGUCCUCAGCCCAGAUACCUGUGUAUGUCGGACAGAUGAAGGCCGGGUCCUGGAAGGAAUCAGGGAAGACAUGCUGGAGACCCUUGUCCCCAAGGCAGAGGGCAACCGGGUGAUGGUGGUGCUGGGGCCACUGUCUGGAAGGGUGGGCCGUCUGCUUAGCCGGGACAAAGGGCGGAGCAAGGCUGUGGUGCAGCUUCGGAGAGAGAAUCGGCUGGUGGAGCUUCACUAUGAUGCUGUCUGCGAGUACAUGGGCCCCAGCGACUCAGACGAAGACUGACCCAUGGAUCCACUCCAUCCCCCAGGCGGUUACCAGCUCUGUACAGUGUGAAAAGCCCGCCUUUGUGAAGGUGGGGAGGACAUUGUUCCAUCCGGCUCUUACAGUGAAGCCCUGGGACGGAGAUAGGGCACGUGAUGGGUAGACCAGAAGGGAGGCUAGAAACAAACCUAGUAUUUACCAGCAGUUAGUAUAUAAUAAAAACCAUUUCAACUAUUUAGUAAAACAAGGAGCUCAUAAAUGGUGUGCUGAGCUGUGAGUGGAGGUGCGAGCUGCGCUGAGGUGGGAACCAUUCCAUUUUUCAGCCCCACCACCCUGCUUGGGCUGCCAGACGAGUUAAAGGAUCCAUUUGCUCAUGAGCUCACUUUCAGAACACAGAAGCUAUGAAAUCUGUCCCCUAAGCAGAUACUGCGCAGUUUGGAAUACCACAUCCCUGGGUAACUUCUUGAGCAGGGAUCCUAGCAGUGCCACUGCUUCUGCAUUUGGUCCAGAGCAAACACCCAGAGGAUAUCUUGAGUUGGUGAUGGGGGUCAGGAUGAAGGGAGGCAUCUACCCACAAAUGGGAUGUGUUAGCACCACUUUCCAGAGGAGCCAGUUAAUUUUGGGGCCCUCAUUUUAGUCCCAAGACUUUGGCUUGAAGGUAAAAAGUUUUGUCUGUCUCAGGUAGAAUUUCUCUGGUUGCUCCAGGUAACUGGAUUCUUAUAAAGGUUAUUGUCAAAGAAUCGUCGAUCUUUUUCCUGUGUAACAGUCUGAGAUACAAAAUCAGCGAGGGAAGUCAGAGCUUUAGGCACAGUUGUUUCUAAAUCAUCCCCAGUCGCUAAGUCAUUGAUACAAUAAGUGGAACUUGAAUGAGGCUACCAGUAUAAAGUCCUGAGGGAUCAGAAUGUGGCACAGUGCUGGAGAAUUGAAACACUUACCCCUAGAGCAGGGCAGUAAAGGUAAGCUGCUGUCCCUGCCACUGAGUAGAGGCAGACUGCUGUUUAGAGCUGAAAUGAGCUGGCCAGAUCAAUGGCCAUGUGUCCCUAAGGUAAGGGGUGAUUAGAAAACCUUCCAAUAUUUA